CCUACCUGCCGGGCGUGUGCACGUCGGUUGAUCUCCGGCCGGAAUCCCAAUCCAAUCUUUCUAUCCAUCGGGUUGUUCUUGCCUUCUCAAACCGGAUAUUUUGACCAGGGCAUCUCCGUUUCUUUUUCUUGAGGGCAGUCUGGUGUCUAUGCUCUGAACAACAUGCAAUCGAGCUCGAUCACUGACGAAGUACACUGGCGGCCGGUUUGCAUCGCAUCUCCGGAACCUUGCAUGAAUAUGCUACUGCCAACUUUACAUCAUCAUAAUAUGGUUGAUGCUGCAAAGAAGAAGCUCUCCGUUGGCGGCGCUGGCAGGAAUCGAAUGCCAUCCGUUUUGCAGUUACAUAAAUAGCCGUCCGUUCCCCAACCAACCAUCCAAGCAGCGCACAACGACUACGGUUUGCUGCGUCUCUGCACUUGCUUAGGUGACUCACUAACUGCCGACCAUGGACAACUCUUCAGAUGCUCACAGCCGUCACAGGUGCGCCGCGUGCUACCGGCAGUUCAACCGGAUGGAGCACCUGGUGGAGCACAUGCGGUCGUCGCACCACUCCUACCACGAGCCCCGCUGCGGCGUCUGCGGCAAGCACUGCCGCUCCCUCGAUGCGCUCCGCGACCACCUCGGCUUCGGCGCCUCCCUGCCCUCCAAGCCCGCCUGCGCCGCCGCCUUCCAAGCCCACGGCUGCCCGCUUUGCCUCGUCGUCUUCCCCACCGCCAGCGCCCUCCGCGCCCACUGCGCCGCAUGCAAGCUCUCCCGCGCUUCGAUUCCCUCUUCCAUGCAGAGCCUCACUACGACUAUGUCGAGGAUGGGCGUUCGAGGCGGCGGGCGCGCGGUGGCGUUGGGGUGCAAGAUGGUGGGCGGCGGCAGCGACGGCACGCUCGACGUAUGCGCCCGCGUCUGCGUCGUCGACGAGCACGAGGCCAUCCUCUACGAGAGCUUCGUGAAGCCCAUCAUCCCGGUCACGCACUACCGGUACGAGACCACCGGGAUCCGCCCCGAGCACCUCCGCGGCGCGCCCACGGUGAAGCAGGCGAUGAGGCGGGUGCAGGACAUCCUCCUCAACGGCGAGCAAUCUUAUUACUCCUCCCGUGGCGCCGCCCGGCUCCUCGUCGGCCAUGGGCUGGAGCACGACCUCGACGCGCUGGGCAUGGACUACCCGGCGCACCUGAAGCGGGACACGGCGACGUACCCGCCGCUGAUGAAGACCAGCGCCAGGCUCAUGAGCAACUCGCUCCGGUAUCUCACGCGGAGCUGCCUGGGGUAUGACAUACAGACCGGCGGACACCAUCACCCCUACGACGACUGCGUGGCCGCCAUGCGCCUGUACAAGAGGAUGCGCGCCAUGAGCCACCUGCACCUGAACGGCCGGCGUAAGGACGACGACGAUGAGUCCACGGCCAAGGCCUUCCCGGCGUGGAGGCAGCGAGAGCUGGAGCGCAUGUCGCCGGAGGAGCUCCUCGCGAUGUCCAAACCCGACUACCAAUGUUGGUGCCUCGACGACGACCGGCGAUGCUGACGGCAGCCUGCUCCCAACGGAAUUCGAAUCGUGGCGCUUUUGCUUGGUGGUGAUGAUGAAAA